GGUACUUUGGGUUCAUCUCCAAACUCCAGAGUCGUGCAUGAAGGUGGAGAAAAUGAUAAUCUUCCCCACAAGCACCUUUCUCACACGGAUCAAGAUCUUGAUGCUGGUGCUCGUUUUGUUCUUAAAUCCAAAGGGUCAUGGAUGCACUGUGGUUACCACUUGACAACAUCAAUUGUAGCGCCGCCGCUUCUGAGUCUUCCGUUUGCUUUCACCUUCCUCGGAUGGGCUGCCGGAAUUAUGUGUUUGGUGGUCGGUGCAUUGGUCACUUUCUAUUCUUACAAUUUGCUAUCUCUUGUCAUUGAGCACCAUGCUCAAUUGGGUCGUCGACAUCUUCGUUUCAGAGACAUGGCCAACGACAUCUUAGGGCCAAGAUGGGGUCGUUAUUUUGUUGGGCCAAUUCAAUUCAUGGUGUGCUAUGGUGCUGUAAUAGCAUGCACUCUUCUUGGAGGACAAUGUAUGAAGGCAAUUUAUUUGCUAUCAGAACCAAAUGGGAGCAUGAAGCUUUACGAAUUCGUGAUUAUAUUUGGAUUGUUGAUGCUGAUUUUAGCUCAAAUCCCAUCUUUUCACUCACUAAGGCACAUUAAUUUGAUAUCUUUGUUUCUAUGCCUUGCCUAUAGCGCCUGUGCCGCUGCUGGCUCCAUAUAUAUCGGAAAUUCUUCGAAGGGACCGAAGAAAGAUUAUAGCCUGGAAGGUGAUACCGAAAGUCAAAUUUUUGGAAUCUUCAACGCUAUUGCCAUUAUCGCCACAACUUAUGGCAAUGGUAUCAUUCCGGAGAUUCAGGCAACUAUUGCACCGCCAGUGAAGGGGAAGAUGUUCAAGGGGUUAUGCGUUUGUUACACAGUACUUACAGUGACUUUCUUCACUGUUGCCAUCUCUGGUUACUGGGCAUUUGGCAACGAAUCUGAAGGCCUUUUACUUAGUAAUUUCUUGGAUGAUGGGAAACCUCUGGUGCCAAAAUGGUUCAUCUUGAUGACAAACCUCUUCACCAUUCUCCAACUAUCAGCAGUUGGUGUGGUCUACUUGCAGCCUACAAAUGAAGUGCUGGAAGGCACAUUUGCAGAUCCAAAUAGCAAAGAGUUCUCUAUCCGUAAUGUUAUCCCAAGGUUGGUUUCGAGAUCACUGUCUGUUGUUAUUUCCACAACAAUUGCAGCAAUGCUUCCAUUUUUUGGAGACAUCAAUGCAGUCAUUGGAGCUUUUGGUUUCAUGCCCCUCGACUUCAUUUUACCUGUUGUUUUCUUCAACUUGACGUUUAAGCCAUCGAAGCGAAGUCUUGUUUUUUGGUUGAAUGUUACCAUUGCAGUGGUUUUCUCUGCACUUGGAGUUAUAGCAGCCGUUGCAGCAGUAAGACAAAUAGCUCUUGAUGCCAAAAAUUAUAGAUUAUUUGCUAAUGUAUGAUGUAAUCCAGCCCCAAGUCUAUCAACGCAUGGCCUUGUAUCUAGUAGAUCCUUCAUUAAAAUGGGAGGGAGAAACUGUUGAACGAAUUCAAUGAUAUUGCAGAAUGAAUCAAAUCUUUGAUUAAAAUUUAUGUAUUGCAAUUGCUGAAAGGUAGCAACAGAAGCUCAAGGGGGA